GCCAAGCGAUAUUCAGCGAUGGCCCACUUGCUGAAAAACCUCACCAACAGUAUCUGGCAUGCGUUUCACGCGUUACAGGCCAGCAACGAUGCCAGCAACACGGUAGCCAAGUCCAAGUUGAAGGUACUGACGGCCAACAUCGGUACCACCAUGGAUCUGUACGGCGUUGAGAAAGGUCUCGAGCAUUACCGGAGUACGCAGAGUUUAACGUUCGAGCAGUACAUCUAUUAUUUGCAGAAAGAAGUCUUCUCCUCCAUAACCGACGCUACUUCUGUCCAAACGUUGAAGGCACUGGAAGAAGGGAUAGAUGAGAUUUGCUGGCUAGUUUGUAAAAAGCUCUACCUCGAGAGAUCCCAUCCGGUCUUUGAUGAUCACAGUGUUUACCAGUUGUUCCGAAUUUACUGUCUGCUGGCCGAGACCGAGUCGGAUACAGAUACGGAUUCUUAUACGGUAAUAAUGCACAGCGACGAGGUAGCACGAAUCGCCUCCCAUCUAGUAAUGUCCUUGGGUCUGCAGUGGGACGCGGCAGAUUUCUCCGCUCUGUCAGCGGCCAUCGAGAUAUUUAGGUUUUCCACCUUUCUCGCGGUUUUGGAAUCCAAGUAUAGCGGCGGUAACACAUUGGACGCUAUAGCGUUGACGGAGGCGAUAGACGAUCUCUACCAGAUUUACGUGGAGAAUGUAGUGAAAAAGGGCUACUUGAUGAAAAAAGGCUUUCUGCUGCCAACGUUACGGUACUUUUGGUUCGUGCUACGUCCCGGUGAAUUGGCAUAUUACAAAGAUCCCCAGCAAAAAGAGCCGUCCGGAUUAAUACUGCUGAAUGCCAAUUGCUGGGCCGAUACUCUGACCAACGGUGGAAAGCCCGAUAGAAGGUUCGUGCUUAGCACCCCCGAACAUAGAUGCAUAGAGCUAGUGGCAGAGGAUCACAAAGGCAGACUGCAGUGGCUCGCGGCAUUGCAAACGGCGAUUCAGCAUUCGGGCGAGAAAAUUGGCUACCAGAGAAGUUUGGCCAAUCAAAGGAGAUCCUCGCGACAAGCUACUAAACAGGAGAGAGAGGAGACCAAGCUGGAAUUACAACACGAAAGGCAGGCUAGAAUCGCUGCCGAGAUACAAGCUCGGAAAUUGGAAACUCUGUCCAAGGAGGAAGGUGCUAAGGUUCAACAACUGGAAGAUGUCAAACAAAAGCUAGAAUUACUGCUGCAAGAAGAAAAACAGGCUCUACGUGACGAGGAAAUAGUGCGAAAUUUACAAGCGAGAGUAUUGCGCGAAGAAUGGGAAAAGAGAGAACAAUUGGAAAGAUUGCAGCAGGAGCAACAGGAAUUGCUGGAGAUGGAGAAGAUGAAGAGAAUGGAAUUUGAACGGAUGCAGAAAAAGAACGAGCAGCAGCUGCAAGACGCCGAACUACGACUCCAACAGCUGGAAGCGGAGAGGGAGCAAUUGGAUUCCGAGUUGCGCACUGCGCGCGAAAAGGUGAAACGUGCCGAGGAGGCUCAACUUUUACUAGAGACACAAAUCGUGACGCGUCCCUUGAGAGGAGGCGAGAGGAUUCGACGUACUCAGAGCUUUAUACCCACUACGAAAGAGCGGCCGUUGUCUGUAGAGAAAAUUGACAGCAGACCUAUGACAUUGCAGAAGAAUAUAUGACAGAGCGACUAAAAGAUCGACACCUGAAAUGCAUUUAAGUCUUCCACCAAAUAGAGUAACACAAAGAGCCUAUAGAAUCUACUGUACGUUAUGUUGUGUUUUCGCGACGAAUGCGAGAUAAUUCUAUGCGAGCUUCGAAUUCGAUAGUUCCUUAAUGCCUUGCUUCAUUCGCGAUCUUAGCCAAAAAGUAUUUAGCAUUGCAUGUACAAAGUUUGUAUACGCAAAUUUCCAUUCCUCAUUAUCUCGAGAAUGUCAUCUUUAUCUCGUGGUCAAUAUUUCCACCUGACACGUAUAUAAAUGUCAUAUACAUGUAUAUUUUUUCUCUCACAGAACGUAUUAUCAUAGAGUAAGAUAAGAUUUAAUACCAAGUAUUUAAGUAGUUAAUCAUGUUGAAAUAUUUUUGUAAAAUGUAAUAAAAAUUCCGUAAUAUUUUAUUCGAGUCGAAUUGAUGCAAUUGAAAUGAGAUGCAGUUUUUAUAUAUUUACAUAUAAAAUACUACAACAUAUUAUAUAAUAUAUUCGUACGCGUACCAAGUCUGUUAUUGAUCAAACACAUGCUCCAUGUGGAGCUGACCUCAACAGUUUUACUGUUGCUAUAGCCCUGUAUUCCGAAUGAAACAGUUGUAUCUUGUUAAGAAUAAACAAUUUGACGAGUAA